AUGUCAACCGAAAACAAUAUCCUAGAUACCUCAAAGGAGGCCUUUAUCAACCUUAUUUCGCAACUAAACGACUCUCAGUUGCAUGAAUUUGAUGCCUUUGCACGUUCAGCACUUGACGAGUAUCACCAACAACUCCAUAAUCAUGACCAUGGCAGUGACGAUCUUGACAUGGAAGCCAAUGACGAGCAGGGAUUUCAACCUGUGAGCGAUGCCAAGUUGCAACGGCUGGGACGUAUUGUAAAAGACUUGCGAUCUCGCGUACCGAUAUCAGCUGAAGCACCAGGUGAAAAGACAAUGAUACCAGACACCAAAGACUUUGCAGGCUAUACGGAACAAAACACGGUCCAUGUGGAUGGAUUCCUGUUCACCGAGGAUGAUGUGGAUGAUUUGUGCGAUCGUGGCAAGCUCUCGCGUAAUUAUUGUGUUGAUUGCAUGUCAAGGAAUACACAACCUUUGAAUUUCAUUUCACACUCUGCAUCCGUCAUGCAGCUACAAUUCCUAUAUCAGGUGGCUUUGGCUAACCGCGUCAAGGACAAGGUGAUUGUGGAUAUCGGUUCUCGAUUAGGUGCUGUGCUUUAUUCCGGCUACCUGUUUACACGUGCAAGCAAGUUGAUUGGUGUUGAAUUGAAUGAAUGGUUCUGCAAGCUACAACAAGAGAUGGUCAACAAGUAUAAAAUGGGUGAUCGGGUGGAGGUUGUUUGCAAAGAUAUCCAGCAGGUGCCUGAACUUCUCAAUCAGCAAGCGGAUGUCGUUGUUAUGAACAAUGUAUUCCAAUUUUUCAAUGAGUUGCCAGUACAACAGCAAAUUUGGAAGUUUAUCCGGUCCGAGACGAAGAAACGAUCAGGAUUGCUGCUUGUGACCUUGCCUUCAUUACAAGAACAGCUUCGAGAAGCCAACAUGUCACCAACCAAGCUCAUGAAAGGAUGGGUUAAGGAAAUCAAGUUGGAUUAUGAGGGCGGUUGGUUCCAAGAUCAAUUGCAUGAUGAUGAAUUGGAUGAAAUCAGCCAAGUCCAUUUGUACAAAGUGUUAUAG